AUGAGACGCAUUGGCUUCUUUAUCCUCUUUGCCACUCUCGGGUUUUACCUUGGUCAGUGUGCGCUCUAUACCAACAGCUGGGUGGUCCGUAUCAGUGGCCCCCUACACUCCCUGGAAAGACAUGGCUUCAUAAACCUGGGAAAGGUUUUUCCUGGGGAUAACUACCAUCACAUUAAGCACAGAGGCUUGCCUCGCAUUUCACUGAGGAAGUACCACAGCCACAAUAUGCGCCUGAAGAGGGAGCCAAGGGUACUCUGGUUUGAGCAGCAAACAGUCCAAGUGAGGAAGCGGAGACACUUGACAGAGUUGCCCACUGACCCCUUGUUUGAAAAGCAGUGGUAUCUGAGCAAGGACUUUCAUUUGAACGUGACAUCUGCUUGGGAUAAAGGCUUUACUGGAAAAGGGGUGGUAGUCACCAUUGUAGAUGAUGGCAUAGAGAAGAACCAUCCUGACCUCAUCACCAAUUACGAUCCUGAUGCCAGCUAUGACUUUGUUGACAAUGAUGCUGACCCUCUUCCGCGCUAUACCUCGGACAACGAGAAUGGACAUGGGACACGAUGUGCAGGAGAAGUUGCAGGGAUAGCAAAUAACUUUAUGUGUGGAGUAGGCGUGGCUCCUCAUGCCAGCAUUGGAGGAGUGCGGAUGAUUGAUGGCCUUGUUACAGAUAUUAUGGAAGCACAAUCAUUCAGUUUGAAUCCACAGCAUAUCCACAUUUACAGUGCAAGCUGGGGACCCGAGGAUGAUGGAAAAACGGUGUCUGGUCCUGGCCGUCUGGCGAAAGAGGUGUUCCUGAGAGGGGUGACAUACGGUCGGAAUGGCCUGGGAUCCAUCUUUGUCUGGGCCUCUGGUAAUGGGGGGUCCCUAUAUGACAACUGCAACUGUGAUGGCUACAGCAGCAGCAUCUUCACCGUGUCUGUGAGCAGUACCACAGAGGCAGGGACAGUGCCCUGGUACAGCGAGGCCUGCUCCUCAACUCUCACCACUGCCUACAGUGGAGGGGUGGUUCCCCAAGUGGUGACCACAGACUUGAGGCACCGCUGUACACAACGACAUUCUGGGACCUCAGCUUCAGCCCCGCUGGUUGCUGGUAUCAUUGCACUUGCACUGGAAGCCAAUCCUGAUUUAACUUGGCGCGAUGUGCAGCAUCUUAUUGUGCGAGCUUCGAAACCUGAAACGCUGACAGCAGAUGACUGGGCCACCAAUGCAGUUGGGCGCAAAGUGAGCCACCACUAUGGAUAUGGUCUCCUAGAUGCCGGGAUGCUAGUGGACUUAUCCAGAACAUGGAGAAGAGUGAAACCCCAGAGAAAGUGCCUGAUUAAAUCUUCAUUGCUGCCCCAAAAAAUCCCAAGGCGCAUGGUGGUGCUAAUGAAUGUUUCGGGCUGCCAAGGGUCAAAAAAUUUUAUUCGCUCACUAGAACAUGUCCAAGUACAGCUCUCCCUGUCCUACAGCCGUCGUGGAGACCUGGCCGUCACCCUGACCAGCCCUGGAGGGACUAGAUCCGUUCUGGUCACUGUCAGGCCAUUAGACAACUCCAGAGAUGGAUACAGUGACUGGCCUUUCAUGACCAUUCACUCGUGGGAUGAAGACCCCCGUGGUGUUUGGACCCUGGAGCUGCAGAACAAAGGCGACUACAGAAAUAGAGGUCUCUUGAUUAAGUUCACUCUGGUCUUGUAUGGAACAGAUGAAGAUAUGGCAACACGCAGAUAAGAGCUGAUGAUGAUGG